GCCUUCUUAGUUCUUACACUUUUUCUUAUCUUCUGGACCCGAAAGAGCAGAGCAGAGCAGAGAGCAGAGGGAUAACAGAGAGAUUAGAGAGCAAAAAUGGCGAACACUACUUCUGGGGUGGUUGGUGUUGGGCUUUCGUGCUCUAAUCUGAAGCUCUCUAGGAGACCCAUUUCCCAAUUUUCGCAAACACGUCGUUUUUGCUGUGUGAAUAUGGCUGUCUCACUUGAUGAGAAGAAGAAGAAUUUCACCCUUCAGAAGUCUGAGGAGGCUUUCAAUGCUGCUAAGGAGUUGAUGCCUGGAGGUGUAAAUUCCCCUGUUCGUGCUUUUAAAUCUGUUGGUGGACAACCUAUUAUCAUUGAUUCUGUCAAGGGAUCUCAUAUGUGGGACAUCGAUGGCAAUGAAUAUAUUGACUAUGUCGGUUCUUGGGGACCUGCGAUAAUUGGGCACGCAGAUGAUGAGGUACUUGCAGCCCUUGCUGAAACAAUGAAGAAAGGAACCAGCUUUGGUGCACCUUGUCUUCUGGAAAAUACACUAGCAGAGUUGGUGAUCCUAGCUGUUCCAAGCAUAGAAAUGGUUCGAUUUGUUAACUCAGGCACAGAAGCAUGCAUGGGUGUUCUCCGCCUUGCCCGGGCUUACACUGGGAGGGAGAAGCUCAUCAAGUUCGAGGGCUGUUACCAUGGUCAUGCUGAUCCCUUCCUUGUCAAGGCAGGUAGUGGUGUUGCCACCUUAGGACUCCCUGACUCUCCUGGUGUUCCAAAGGCAGCCACAUAUGAAACUCUAACAGCCCCCUUCAAUGAUAUCUCAGCUGUGGAAAAACUUUUUGAGACCAACAAAGGAGAGAUUGCGGCAAUUAUCCUUGAACCUGUUGUUGGGAACUCUGGCUUCGUCCCUCCUAAGCCAGAUUUCCUAAAUGCCAUACGGAAAGUCACCAAAGAGAAUGGUGCUCUCCUUAUCUUUGAUGAGGUUAUGACUGGUUUUCGAUUGUCUUAUGGUGGAGCUCAGGAGUAUUUUGGCAUUACUCCUGAUUUAACAACAUUAGGGAAGAUCAUCGGUGGUGGAUUGCCUGUUGGUGCAUAUGGAGGAAGGAGGGAGAUCAUGGAAAUGGUAGCACCUGCAGGACCCAUGUACCAAGCUGGGACCUUAAGUGGAAACCCAUUGGCAAUGACUGCAGGUAUUCAGACCCUUAAGAGGUUGAAGGAGCCAGGAAGUUAUGAAUACUUGGAUAAGAUUACAGGAGAACUCAUUCAAGGUAUUUUGGAUGCUGGGAAGAAAGCUGGUCACGCAAUAUGCGGUGGCUAUAUAAGGGGAAUGUUCGGGUUUUUCUUUACAGAAGGGCCCGUUCACAACUUUUCUGAUGCAAAAAAGAGCGACACUGCAAAGUUUGGAAGGUUUUUUAGGGGCAUGCUGGAAGAAGGUGUAUACUUCGCACCAUCACAGUUUGAGGCUGGAUUUACAAGUUUGGCACAUACUACUGAAGAUAUCCAACAGACUAUAGCUGCAGCAGAGAGAGUUUUCAAUCGGAUCUAGAUUAUUGUGUCUUGCAUCACUAUUAUUUAUUUUCAUUUUUAUUUCGCUUCUGUAGAAUUGCCUGUUCUGUAGAUUUGUUGUAGAGGUUGUUGCUUAGUCCUAUUGUUUGAACGUGAGCAUGUUGUUUUGACAUUUUAUAAUGGAAAACUCCCGAGUGUCUCAUCUAAAA